GCAGUCCACGACGACGGAGGAAGCACGCACACGCCCAGAGCAGAAAAGGUUCUUCCAGUAAAAAGAAACGAAGUCGUGUAACAAGCCAUCACGGUCACGAGUUGCGACCCGCGACCUGCUCUCCAACUCUGAAUGGCAUGUCGCCAUCCUCCAAGCUGUUCCAGGACUCCGCUCGCGAGAAGGACGGCGCCUUCUCGCCAUCGAGACUUACCGCUGCCGAUAUUGCAGCCUUGUCUCCGAAGAGGCGGCAGCAGAUAGCGAAUAUGUUCACGGAGUUCGAGGGGCAUCAGCCUCAGGCAGUUUUUGGUCUGGACGUGGAGAAGCAUUUCAACCAAACCUCCAGUUCGUGGCAUUCGGGUGAGCUACAGCGGCAAGAAGAGACUCAACGCAGAGGAUCGCAGCAUCAUGGGGUCUCCACUACAUCUAUGACCGGCUACAGCCAUUCAAAUCUCAUCGCUGGUGCUGCGGGAUCGCAAAACAAUUUGCAUUUUGGUGACGACUUGCGAGGUUACCAGAAGCAGAAGAAGAUGGAACUCGUGCUCUCGCGCAGUCCUAAACGCGGGAAAGGGACACGUGGAGGCAAUCAUGCUAGGGGAAACGCGUCCAUGCAGGGAAACGGUGCGCCUGGCGGAGGAGAAGCUAGUGACUCUUCGCCCUACGACUCCGUCAUUCUCGCUGCUAUUCGUCGCGCAGCAAUGAAGAUGCCAGCCUUGCACAACGUGAACAGCAAUCAUAUGAAGGCUGGCCUACGAGGCGCCAGCCCAGGAAUGAAAAGGAGGGAUCAGCAGGAUAAGCGCGCCAUCGUUCCUGCAAACAGCUUGAACACCACUCAGCGCGCGGGUCCGUGGAUAAAUCCGGAGGUCGAAAUGGGGGCCGAAGAGCGAUGCUACCCUCAAGAACGCGUAGACGAUGAUGGCAGCAGCACAAGCCCUUCGCGAAAGAGCCCGAAAAAGCGCAGAGGACGAGGCAGUAAAAGACACGAGGCACCAAUGCAGGGGGAUCCACGGUAUCCCUCGCAUGCAGGAGAUAGUAGCCAGCAAUUACCGCAGUCAGACUCUCAGCAUGUUGCAAUUUCAGCGACACCUGCGUCAGCGUUCCCUGUUUAUUACAAUCUUCAAGGAAAGGCGAUUUUAGACGUGAAGACAGCAGAGAGCCACGCUGCGGCCUCUACUUCCUCGCCGGGAAAAGUGUUGCUGAAAGGUGCGACGCCAGAAGUCUUUCGUCCACCAGGAGAAGCAUUAGAAGAGCAAAAUCCAUCGUAUGCAGUUCUGCUUGAAGGAGGUGACUCGCGACAAAGCCAUCGGCACGCAGCAGGGGCCUCUGGGAGAGUCUCUGCAGAUGUUAACGCGACGGCCAACGUGUCUUCCAGUGUCGACCGUGUAGAUUCGCCUGAUACUCGGAGGAUACGAGAAGGCGACUACUCACUGCCCGGAGCAACAUCUUCGCAGCAAAAUCUUGGCGCAGAGCAGCAGGCGGCGAAGGAGACUGCGUCGAAAGAGGCUGCGACUUCGAUACAGCAAGCUGCUUUCAGGCAGACCUAUAAACCGAUCAACACGCAACUCUUGAAUUUUAAUCCAGUUCCGGUAUCGUCUUCAUUCGGAACUUCUGCGCCGGUGCCUGCCUCAGUUGCGUUUCCAGCUCCGAUGGUAUGGAGUGCGUCUCACGGCAUGGUGCCGAUAUCUCCGACCAAGCAAGCGCCGCGGCUACCGCCACUGAAGCUGGGAGCACCUCCUGCAGGUGGGGAUGCGAGGCUCUCGACAUCGACGCAACAAGUGCCACAAGCGGCUAGUGUACAGAGAUCGUUAGUGCAGCAGGGUGGAGGAGGCGUCUCGUCUACAGAGCAGGGAAUAGCGACAAGAGCAAGUAGCCUCAUUAAGAGUAACGGAGCCGGUCUGGCGACACCGAGUGCGAGUCGUGUGCAAUUGGAUCCGAUCGAGCAUCCAGGCAAAGGCCCGUCUUCUGGUGUUACAGCGCCGUCCCCUGUUGUUCACCGUAUGCCCGCAGGGCAAGGACACUACUAUCAUCAGGCGCCCUCGCCUGAAGAAGCGGAUUAUUUGAAGCAGUAUCUGCGCAAUAUCGAGAAGCAGAUUGAGACGACGCAACGAGAAGUGGAAGAAGAAGCGAGGACAAGUGGCCCUAAGGGUAGAUCUAAAGGCGAGCAGUAUGAAAGCCAGAAAACGGCUUCUAGCGUUGCGGCAGCGAGCACGUCGGCGCCAACAGUACCGUCAGGAGGCCUAGAGAAAGUGGACGAACAAGACGAAAACGAGGCUGCUGCCGUAGACCUUGCAGCUGGUGACCAAGAAGGCGACAUCCCUGGAUGGCCUUCGGCGUCACAAAGUCUAGAGCGACUCAUGAUCGAGCGCUCUCUUGCGCUAGCACGUCUCGCGAGUCACUCAGUGCAAAGCCGGGACGUGCCGGGGCUUGCGUCGAAAGAUCAACAGCAUGCUACCUCGCCAUCGCGCUCAGUUGCC